AUGGCGCCCGGACUUCUCACCCCCGCGAGCGCCGAAAAGUACGAGCAGCGACACAAGGUGACCAUCAUCGGCUCUGGCAAUUGGGGCUCUACCGUCGCAAAGAUUGUUGCCGAGAACACCAAGGAGCAUUCAGACCUUUUCGAGGAGGAGGUGCAGAUGUGGGUUUACGAAGAGGAGGUCACUAUUCCCAAGGACUCGCCGCACUACGACCCGGCUGUGGGCGACGCUCCCCAGAAGCUCACCAAUGUGAUCAACAAGUGCCACGAGAACGUCAAGUACCUGCCCAACAUUAAGCUGCCCGCCAACUUGAUCGCCAACCCCUCCUUGGUCGAUGCCGCCAAGGACUCGUCCAUCUUGAUCUUCAAUUUGCCCCACCAAUUCAUUCAUCGUGUGUCGAGCCAGCUCAAGGGGCACAUUCUACCAUUCGCCCGUGGUAUCUCGUGCAUCAAGGGUGUUGAAGUCUCUGACGAGGGUGUCGCUCUCUUCUCGGAGUGGAUCGGAGACGGUCUGGGCAUAUACUGUGGUGCUCUCAGCGGCGCCAACAUUGCAUCCGAAAUUGCAGCGGAGAAAUGGUGCGGCACGACCAUUGCAUACGAUCCCCCGCCGAUGGACAGCUCGCGCAACCCGACGCCUCGAACACAGACGCCUAGUCGCACACACACUCCUAGCCGGGAUGGGCCUCGAGACAAGGCCGCCGAACUGAGCAUCACUCCCCUUGCGGACAUGCAGCACAGAGACGCACGCGGCAGAGCAAGCAAGACGAGGCUGACUCCCGUGCCGGUCGAAUUCCCUCCCCUCGACCACGAGACAUUCAAGACCCUGUUCCAGAGGCCCUACUUCCGCGUUCGCAUGGUGUCGGAUGUGGCUGGUGUAUCGCUCGGUGGAGCUCUGAAGAAUAUUGUCGCCUUGGCUGCCGGUUUUGUCAUUGGUCAGGGCUUGGGUGACAACGCAAAGGCUGAAAUCAUCCGAGUCGGUCUUUGUGAGAUGCUCAAGUUUGGCAAGGAGUUCUUUGCCGAGACAGUACACCCCGACACCUUUACCGUGGAGAGUGCUGGUGUGGCCGAUCUCAUCACAAGUUGCAGCAGCGGAAGAAACUUUCGAUGUGCAAAGAUGGCAGUCGAGCAGGGUGUUAGCGUUGCAGAAAUUGAAGCCAAGGAGCUCAAUGGUCAAAAGCUUCAGGGAACAUCCACUGCACAGGAGGUGUACAGCUUCCUUAAGAAGCAGGGCCUCGAGAAGGAAUAUCCUCUUUUCACGGCCGUCAGGGAUAUCAUUGAGGGCAAAUAUCCCACUACUGACCUGCUAUCUCUGAUUCAGGACGACUAG